AUGUCAGACCAGGAAUUGGAGGUGUCCGCUCUCGGGUUGGGAUCCAGCAGAGCCUUCUCAGCCAGCCAACACGCACAACUACUUUCCAGCAGAGAUUUGAUGCCCGUCAGAAGAUUGGCCUCUCAGAUGCACGGCUCAAGUUGGGAGUCAAGGAUGCCCGGGAGAAGCUUUUGCAGAAAGAUGCCCGGUUUCGAAUUAAAGGGAAGGUACAGGAUGCCCGAGAAAUGCUAAACUCCCGAAAGCAGCAAAAUACGGUGCCCCAGAAGCCACGCCAGGUAGCUGAUGCUCGGGAGAAGAUCAGCUUGAAACGGAAUUCUCCUGCUGCCUUCAUGAGCCCACCCAUUGGAACAGUGGCCCCUGCUCUGAAGCUCACCAAAACCAUCCAGGUUCCACAGCAGAAAGCCAUGGUACCGCUUCAUGCCCAUCCUGCUGGAAUGAGAAUCAACGUUGUCAAUAACCAUCAGGCCAAACAGAACUUGUAUGACCUGGAUGAAGAUGAUGAUGUUACAGCUCCUGUUCCUAGUAAACAGAUGAAAUUCACAGCCUUAGGCAGCUUUAUCCCACACAUGUCUGGGCUCAGCAGUUCCAAGCUGUCCUUGUCCAAGGCCCUCCCUCUCACCAAAGUAGUCCAGAACGAUGCUUACACAGCUCCUGCUCUCCCUUCCUCUGUUCGAACAAAAGCCUUGACCAGCAUGUCCCGGACACUGGUGAACAAGGAGGAAGUCCCCAAAGAACUGCCGCCUGCUGAGCCUGUCCUCAGCCCCCUGGAAGGUACCAAGAUGACUGUGAAUAACCUACACUCUCGAGUCACUGAAGAGGACAUUGUUGAGCUCUUCUGUGUGUGUGGAGCCCUCAAGCGGGCUCGGCUGGUCCAUCCUGGGGUAGCAGAGGUGGUCUUUGUAAAGAAAGACGAUGCCAUCACUGCAUAUAAGAAGUACAACAACCGAUGUCUGGAUGGACAACCAAUGAAGUGUAACCUGCACAUGAAUGGGAAUGUUAUCACCUCCGACCAGCCCAUCCUGCUGCGGCUGAGUGACAGCCCCUCAGUGAAGAAGGAGAGUGAGCUGCCCUGCAGGGUGAAUUCUGCCUCCUCCUCCUCCUGCAGUCCGCCUGCCGGAGUGGACCCUGACACCAUCCUGAAAGCGCUCUUCAAGUCUUCAGGGGCCUCUGUGACCACACAGCCCACAGAAUUCAAAAUCAAACUCUGAGUGGGGAAGCAAGGCAGUCAGAGCGUUCUGGGAACAGAGGAGAGUAGCUCUGUUUCCCAAAGCCAAGUUUGUGACCAAUGGACCGUUGGACUGGAGACCCCAGAGUGUGGGAAGGGUGGCCUAGGUAGAGAGCUUCCUCACUGGACAGGACUUGCCUUUCUGUGAUGUGUUCUACCCUGUGUUCCUCCGUUGUUCCCAUUUCUUCUAGUAUGUUUUUUCUACUCUCCACCUCCUUGUCCAGGUAGGCUUGUGUUUCUCAGUGUCCCUUCUCCCCCUCAUCUCAGUCCCAAGUUGAAUUCUUAUCUGGAUCUGCGGCACUGCCCUCUUGAGUGGACCUAUGGGACGCAGGGUGGGAG